AUGGGGUGCCGCCACCAAUCCUCACUCGCUCAAAUUCUCUUCUCAUCGACUUUCAUCUUGGGAGCGUUUGCUUUGCCGGCAUCAAAUGCCGGGCCAACUGUAACCAUUGCGUCCGGCGUAGUGAUAGGAACCACAACCCAGCCAGCUGGAUCAACAAACUACGCCAACGCGUACUUGGGGGUGCCGUUUGCCAAGUCACCGCCGGAGCGGUUCUCUCCGCCCGAGGCAGCACCUUCAUGGUCGUCCCCGUUAUCCGCAACGGCGUUUCGGCCGGCAUGCAUUCAGCAAUUUACAAACACUGGAAACGCGCAAGUCUUGCAGAAGCAGUACUUUGGAAAUCCCACCGGAGCUCUCACAGAAGAGAGCGAAGACUGCUUAUAUCUCAAUGUCUUCACGCCCCCCAACGCAUCGAACUCAAGCAAGAAGGCCGUGAUGUUUUGGCUGUUUCCUGGAAACCUCCAAUUUGGAACCGCCAGUCUGCCGAUCUAUGAUGGAAGCUCGCUUGCCAUCUCCCAAGACGUGGUUGUUGUGACGAUCAACUACCGAACGAACAUCUUUGGGUUUUCCAAUUCGCCCGAGGUUCCAACCGGUUCUCAAAACUCGGGAUUCUUGGACCAACGCUUUGCCUUGCGGUGGGUGCAAGACAACAUCGCCACGUUCGGCGGAGAUCCGUCGCGCGUGACAAUCUUUGGCGAGUCCGCCGGGGGCGAGUCUGUGAAGCAACUGCUCGCGAACCCGCCAAGCCCGCUGCCAUUCUCGGCUGCCAUCAUGCAGUCGCAGCAGUCCCUUCUCGUGGGUUCCGGAUCGGACAGCUAUAAGAAGGUUCUCAAGCAGUUUGCAUGCGACAAGGCCCCUUCGCCCAUUGCUUGCCUGCGGCUGUUGCCCGCCACGGAUAUCAAGGCAUACAUCGAAUCGGCCGCGUUGGUGUUCCCUCCUGUCAACGGCGAUGGUACCUCGGUCAGUGAUGUCAGGGGCAGCAUCACUUCCAAGAAGUGGCCCAAGAUCCCUGUCUUGAUUGGCACCACGCUCAACGAAGCUCGCGUCUUCCUUGCCGUGGAGAACAACGCAGAUGGCGCGUCUGCCUUGGAUUCUGCGCUUUCCAAAGUGGGUAUCAGUUCGACCGCCACCAAGAACUCGGUACUUGCCGGGUAUUCUGCGAAGGGUGUCAAAGAUCUCUAUGCUGUAGCCGACAGAAUCAUCACCGACGCAGUCUUUACAUGCACAACAUCAACGCUGUCCAGCUUCCUCGCCUGGAAUGGCUACACAGCCUACCGUUACCGCUUCGACGCUUCGUUCCCUUCCACUAGCAUCUUUCCCAACGCCGGCGCAUACCACACGAGCGAGAUUCCCUCAGUCUUUGGCACUUACCCCCAGUAUAACAAGUUCGGGUCGGCGACGCAGCAGCAGAUCAACCUCAGCUCUUACAUGCAGGGCGUGUGGGGCAGCUUUGCGAAUAACCCUGGCAAUGGUGUUGGAUGGUCAAAGGUCGGAGGGGCUCUUGGCUUCGAGCUGGGCCUCCUGGGUGCCGGCGGAUCCAGUGGUGUAUCGGUGGCGAUGUCGCUUGUGGCUGAUUACCCAUGCGCUCUUUACUCGGGCCUUGCAGAUAUCGCCGGUUUGUCGUACUGA